UUUUGCCGCGUUUUUUUCGCAGCAACGAUCGCAAGAUGACGACGCCACGGGACGUGAUUGAAAAGAAAUUACUGAUUUGUGAGAAAAUCCGAAAGCGCAAAGACUUGCUAACGGAAGAAGAGGAUCAAGUGCUAAGAGAAUGCAGAACAAGCGAGCUAUUCGGAAUCGAAUCCAAUCCGUAUCGGCUUGGGAAGAUUUGCGAGGGAGAGAAAAUGCAGCUCGCAGCGUUCUACGAUGCACAUGAAUUAAAGUAUCGGCGAGCGGUGACCAAGAUCAAUCGUAGAGUGUUGCCCACACCCAGGGACACUCUACCUCCACCGAGACCGGUUGAACGACCCACCGAAACAACAUCACGCCCGGUGUCGACAAACCAAGACACCAAUUUAAUCCGUCUAACGGAUGCCACUCGUUCAACCGGUAACGAAAUGAAUGACGUGAUUGAUAUACUAACAGCAGCGCCCCUGGUAGCUCCAUCGUCUGAUAUCUACCAGAUAGAGGAGCAGAUAGCGGUAUCGAAGAUCCGCUCCGACAACGAAUUGAUACUGGAAGGGUUGGAGGACGAUAACUUCGGUAUCCUGGAAGGGGACGGUAUUCGGGAUUUUCUUGAGAUGUGCACUGGCACCGACUUGCCACCGAUGACAAUGGGAGAUGAAUCCAGUCAAAUGCUAUUGCUGAACCAGCUUCCCUCCAUGUCUCGCCCUACACCGCCUGUGGUGGAUAACUUUCAGGAAUGGAACAUAGAAUCAGUUCUAUCGCAAUUGGACUUUCCGGGUACUACGCGUAUUCCAACACCACCGCAGCUUUUUCCGGCAUUGCCUUCAGAAGCGUUGAGCGGGGAUAGUUUGGAUAAUAUACAGCCGCUACCUGCAUUUGAACCGGUGCCUGUUACGCAAAUGCCCGUAUCAGAUGCCCAAACUGAACCCUAUGUUCCAGCAGAAGAUACAGCAUCACUCGAGCCAAUAGAAGCAGUCACUCCAAGGCGUACUCGUACCGUUCGUCGGCAGCCGCGAACAUUCACGGAUCGUUUACCGUUGUUGGGGGAUACUGCUUUUGGUCUACUGCGAAACCGCAGAACGUUCGAUAUUUUUAGCUGCUAUUAUGAUAGCAAUGUCGAUUGGAUGAUUGAAAGGCUACAGAAGCGACUGUUCGACCAGAGAGUUGCAUCGCUAUUGCAACCACAGCCACUGCUGACGACUGACUUGUCUGCCAUACGGCCCAAUGAUUCAACGAGUAUCGAUGCACAACGACAAAUCCCGGGUGGUGGAUUGGAAGGAAAUGCAUCUGAGGGGUCGAGAAAUCUUCCUCCAUUGCCGUUCGCCGAUCGUACAGAUCCUCAUGGACAAUCGAGCAAAUUACACGAUGCUGCCAGGACUCAGCUGACAGAUGCCUUGGAAACUCCGGUUGGCGUUGCUUCAAUCGUAGCACCCGAUUCGUUGCCUCCGUUACCACCGUUGGCGGAUGUUUCGCUGCCAGGACAACCAUAUGCUGUGGAGCAGCUUAUACUUCCAGAAUUAGCAGAUGAGGAAAUUAUACCACAAAAGCAUGUUUCUACCCCCGAAGUGCCUCGGCUCAAGGCUGUAGAACCUGCGCAGCUACCAGUAGAGAACGUAGCGGCAUGCGAGGAACAAGUGUCCCUCGAUAAUAUGGUGAGUAGUGUAACAGCGAACAAGAUUUGGGAAAACCCGUUCAUGGAAAUUGCACCCACUUUUCAGCUGAUGGACAUACUCUAUGUUGUGCAAUCAGUAAUGACUGGGCGCUAA